AUGAAUGAAGACGGGUCACGUAACAUGGACAAGGGUGGAACACUACAGGAAAUGUCGGGUGUCAUGUCGGUAACACAAGGUUCAAAGCGCAGUGCGCAAAAUACAAAUAAUUCUUUGAAAAAAACGCCCAGCAAGUCUAAUCAGAACACAAAAAUGGAAGAUAAGGGUGCAGAGAAGGAGAUGAACAAAAAUUUCGGAAGCGAAGUCAAACUACAAGAUAUAUUUGAGUUGAUAUCUGGUAUGAGCAAGAAGAUGGACAAAUUGGAUAUCAUCCAAGAAAAUAUGGAAAAUAUACAGACGGAAUUGAAAGAAGUAAGAAAAUCUAUUGAAUACGCUCAUAGCGAAAUAGACGAUCUGAAGAAGGAAAAUGAGAAAAAAGCGCAAGUUCAUAGAGAAACAACCGAACGUAUCAACAAACUUGAAGCCGACAACGUAACAUUAUUGAACAGCGUCAUUGACCUUAAAGCGAGGUCAAUGCGCGACAAUCUGCUGUUUUACAACAUGCCUGAAGAAAGCGAUGAAAACACCACAGCAACGAUUCACAAGCUGUUGGAAGAAAAGCUUGGGUUCGAGGACGCUGCUAUGAAAAUAAAAAUCGACCGUUCUCAUCGCUUGGGAAAAAAGAAACGGGGUGAAACCAAAGCGCGACCAAUUGUCGCAAAGUUCAAUUUUCAUCAGGAUAAAGUUUCAAUCAUGCGGAAUGCAAAGAAGCUAAAAGAUACGGCAAGCAGAAUCGGAAUUUCUGAGCAAUUUCCCGAGGAAAUUGUCAGAGAAAGGAAGAGGCUUUACCCAGAAUUUAAAAAGGCAAGACGUAACAAUCUAAAAGCUACUCUUGUCAGAGACAAACUGUUUAUCAAUG